AUGGGAUCCACAAGGCAAGCUACAGUGACAGGAAUUAAUGCGCCAAUUGAGGAAGUAAAAAAUGCCUUCUUUGAUCCUCGAUAUUUAAAUGACAGAGCCCCCAUUAGCGAGGAAGACAUAACUGACUUUGCCCGUAAACUCCAUCAGUGCCUGUUUGGGAGGAUAACAGUGGAAAUUGACACCCUGAGAAAACCAUUGUCAACCGACGCGGAUUACUACCAGGUGCUGCGGUUCAUUGACCAUCAACUCCCAGAAAGCAUUGCUUUGGAGGGAUUUAUUGCAGAUUUUGAAGUAGCCCUGUGGAAGGCCUUAAAGGACCGGUUCCCUGGAACACCCAUCCAAGGCUGUGUGUUCCACUGGACACAGGUGGUGUUAGGAAAGUCCAGGAGCACGGACUUCAGACUGCCUAUAACAAGAAGCACUCAGUCUACAAGUUCGUGCGCCAACUCCUGGCCCUGCCAUUUGAUCCUCCCACCUGAGCACAUUGAGGAGACCUUCCUACGUCUGGAUGGUCGUGCACCAGAGGUUCUUGCUCCAGUGAUGGACUUUGUUUACAGGACGUGGAUCCGUUCUUCAGUCUUCAAGAUCGAUCACUGGAGUGUGUUCAUGACUUCCAUCCGGAUGAACAAUGAUGUGGAGGGAUAGCACAACCGCCUAAACACCAGUGUUGCCACCAGGGGAUUGGUUCCCUUCUACCAUCUUCUUCUUGUUCUGCACAGGGAAGCGACCAACAUCACAGUGCAGAUGAAGAUGGUGUCUGAAGGGAAGAUGCAGAGAUUCCAAAGGUAGAGGACCUUACAGGUGGAAGGUCAUGUCUUCAAGCUCUGGAACGACUACUGUGAAAGAUCGAUCAGCACGAGUGAACUGUUAAAGGGCCGUGCUGCCAUUUAUGGACCACCAACUUUGAACAUGUGAUUCAUAUUGAUAUCGUGACACUUGUGUCCCCCUUCGUAAAUUGUGCAUCUUGUAAUGUAAAAAUAAGUAUGUUUGUUAUUUGUUAUUAUUUAUUUAUUAAGUAUGUUUGCAAGGUAGGAAGGCAUUAUUUGUAUUGAAAAAAAAUAUUAGAAACAUGUUUCUUAAUCAUAAUACUUUGCUAUCAUUGUUUGAUUGCUUUGUUGGCAGUGUCAUUAACUAUGCUUCUGAGGUAUGGGGUUCAUUCAAAGCACCUAAUAUAUUGAGAAACUUCAUCUUGAUUUUUGUAAACAUAUCUUGGGAGUUAAAAGGUCAACUUGAAUAAGGACGCUGUCCUCUGCUGUACCAAAGAAUGUUCAAUAUAGUUAAGUUCUGGUAAAAAAAAAUACUGUACCAUAAUAAUUGUAUUAUUCAACAUUGCUACUAAACACUUUAUGACUGAGUCGAAAAACAUAAUGCAAAAAACUGGUUGUAUCAUGUUAAAGAUUUUUUUGCCUAUGUUUAAAAUUCAUAAUGAAUAAAAAGGUGGAUGUAGC